AAAAUUCUGAUGUGGCAAUGAACUUUGACACUUGGAGAUCUCAAACAAUAAACUAGAAAUGUUAACUAGUGAAUUACUCACAGCUCAUAUUGGUCCUAUCCUGAAAGGUUCUGAAUAUCUCCUACAAAGAGCUAACCAUCCUCAACUCCCACUGACUUCAGUGAGAGUUAAGGGAGCUCAGCACCUCACAGGAUCAGGCCCCUUAACAGUCGUCAUUAUUUCCAAUAUUCAUGUUUUCUUUUAGGUACAAUGGAGCGUUCUUCUCUGGAAAUUGACUUACUUGAUACCAAUGAAGAAGGAAAACUUUAUGUGGUUGAUUCUUUAAACAACCUAAACAAACUGCAUCUAUGUUCUGAUGGAUCACAACACCUGCUGACUGCCCAGGAGGAAGAGAACACUGGAGGUUUGAUGACAUGGAGUAGCAUAAGUUGCCAACAUUUGUUCUUCGUCACACUGAUCAUUAUUUUGAUUGUCAGUUUGGUACUUGUUUCAUUUGUAAUAUUCUUAACAAUUCACACUGGCAACAAGAUGGAUGAAAUAUCAAACAGACUAGCAUUUGAAAGGAAGAACACAGAAGAUCUUAAGAAUAUAAACAAUAUGAUAUUAAAGCAUCUAAACCAAUCAGGAAUUAUGGAGAAGGAAGAAAAUCUCUUCACAGAUCAAAAACCACCCACUCCUUAUCUUCGUAACUAUUUAUUUCCCCGUUCAAAGCUGGAAGCAACAGUGCAGUAGAUCCCCUGUGGAUUGAAAACUAUUCUCUCAGUCUAUUAAUUUGCUUUCAACUCUGCUCCUAUGUAACCAGGUGGGUUAUUUAAUUAUUCAGAUUUAGCAGGUGCCAUAACACUUGAAGAGCAACCUAAAGAGAAUGGAGCCAUUAACACUGCACAGAUUUACAUCCACCUAGCUUGAAUAUAUGGAUGAUACAACAUGUUUAGCUCUAAGAAAAGGAGUACUUGUGGCACCUUAGAGACUAACAAAUUUAUUUGAGCAUAAGCUUUCGUGAGCUACAGCCCACUUCAUUGGAUGC